AUGGACCUCGUUGUUGCUUUGCGCAAUGAGGUCAACCGGACCAAUGUUGGGCGCAAGGCCUGGUCUCAAUUUAUACUGCACGAGGCCAUCCUCAUUGCCUCUACCCAGGUACCGCCAAGGGGUAACUACCCAGAUGGUCGAUUUCAUAGCUCUGCAACCGUCACGAAGUCCUUCUUCACCCCCCAUGAGAUGGAGGUGCAUGAUAAGAACCUCACCGAACACAACAUGCCCUUCAUCUAUAAUCUCUUACUAGCAACCUUGAAUCGGGCUGGGGUGGACGAUCCGGUUCACCUGGAAGAGGUCACUACCCCGGGGCCUGCUGGGGUGGUGGAUAACCUUACACCUGAAGGACUUGAUGGGAUAUCUUAUGCCCAGGAGUCAGAUGGGAUUAAGAGGGCGCAACGUCGAGGCCGCCGGUUGGCCACCACCAUCUGCGCGAUGAUGGCAUAUUCCCAGAACAGGCGCAAUAAUGCCUUCCAGCUGCACAACUCGGUCAGGUUCUAUGCCUGUGGAGUCUCCGACCGAGUGCAUGAAUACUUGAAUUAUAUAGGACUUGCUUCAUUGAGGUCCACCGCAUUGUCAGCCCUGAAGACAUUAUCUCAAGAGGGAGAGAAGGAAAUAAGGAAGGCUAUGCGAAUUGCUGGUGGGAUGCCUAUCAGCCCAACAAUUUGCAUCGAUAACAUUGAUAUCGAGCAACACGUCCACCAGCUCACAGUGGGUAACCGAUCCCACAUGUUCCGAGGGACCUGGGGUUACAUCCAUCUACCUAAUAAGCAACUCGUUGCUAAUCUGGACCCUUCGGAGCUGAGUCUAGAAACGUUCCUCAAAGCCAUGCACACGGUGGAACGCUUAGAAAUCCAACCUCAUAUGUUCCUUCCCUCACCAUCCGAGCAACUACAUGAGAAAAAUGUCAUCAAGAGUCAGAUCGCAAAGGUCCUCUAUGAUUACCUUGCUGUUCCCAAUGGUAAAUCGACUUCCAUCUCAACCGACCCUCCUCCUUUGGAUCCCAUCAGCCCAGAGAAGCCCGAUCUUCUGAUGCUGAAGCUGAUGGAUGCAUCAGAUAACUCGGCUGAGGGCAUCGGGCAGGUAUUCGAGUCGAUCAUAGGCCAAACGGGCAUGUCUUCAAAGGACUUCUUUGCGCGGCUCCAGCCCAUGGAUGGGGACUUGGGGACCGUUCAAAAUUUCAACUGCUUAAGAGCUCAACGGUUCCCCAGUGCCGUGCCUCAAAACCGCCUAGACAACAUUUUUUUCCAGCUUGGAGCGUCACACACGUUGUGGAAUAUAGGUUCCAACAUAUUCACUCAUCACUUUGGGAACCCCAAGGACACUGAUAAUUGUGGUGCCUGGCAACACUUGGAGGCUUUGGGAUUCCCUUCGGAGAAGGCUAUCCAAAAAAAGGAUUUCUCUUUAAUGAUCAAUCAGAUGGAACGAGUGUAUGAGGCGAUAGUUUAUUACUGCUUACGAGUUGUCAUGAAGAACAAUAAUCACAAUCUUACCUCUGAUAAACUGCGAAUACCCACAGGUCAAUGGGAGGGAAUAGUGAAUGAGUGUUAUGAUCGGUUUUUGUCACCCCAAGCCCGCUCGGCAGCCGCUGCCAAAGGCCCAUCGCAUCACAAAUUGAGCAACACUUUAGUUCAACUACACGAUUUCUCAACCGUAGUUGAAGCGAAACGGGCUAUGAAGGCCAGAGACAUAGGCCGUUUGAGUAAGUACCUGAAGCACAACCUGCUCAUAUCCCCAAGCGGCCGGCCCGGGCACUUUGUUGCCAAGGAUUACUGGCUUGAGAUCCAGAAUUAUUGGAUCAAGUUCCUCUACAACAACAAUGGCACUGGAACCCAGCUAGAUCGGCUCCGCAAUGUCUUCUUGCUUAACAUCUUCCUGAGUAUGUUCCAAUCCCUCAAGAACGACUGUGGUGCAAAAGUCAUACACCAGUCUCACAAGAACUCAUUACCUACUCGAUCCCUUGAAAUGUUCACCAUGCUUGGGAACAACCGGGACAUCUUGACAAUAUACUCAGCCAACAAGAUCGGAGAAGUCGAUAAAGUAGAUGAUACUUAUAAGUCUGGAAUUCAAAAGCUCAAAAAGAUGAUAUGUACUGAUAAGGAUCUCAAACGAUUCAAGAAGCAUAUAUACUAUCAACUCAAACCGCGGGCCAACUCCAAAUCCAAAAACGUCACCAUCGGAGAGCUUCCGGAUGCGUCCGACGCAGGCGAUUCCCAAUCUGAAGACAUGUAG